CUGGUAAGCAUAAUUUAAGUUUUUGUUUGUUUGCAAAGGCUAAUGGACAAUCUUAGUUUCAUUCUACUUUUUUUUGUUUAUUGUAGGCUUCUAGUUCUUCAGAAAGGGAUUUUACUGUCAACCCUGAAGAGCUCUUCCUUGUACCUGGUGAAGAACAUGUAGUUUCAGUUCAAUACACUCCUCAACAUGUAGAACCAAAAAAGAGUGUUUUGAAAAUCAUGGUCCAACCGUCAGGACCGCAGUAUGAAGUUAUGUUGGUUGGAGAGACAGAAAUUCCCACAAGCAAGAAUCCCAUUACUGCUACUGCUGAUGUACCUCCAAUCCUCUCCAAUAAGCAGUUUGUGGCCUGGGGUGGUGUUGCUCUUGGAAGAACAGUACAGCAAAAGUUAAUACUAAGGAACACUUCAACAACAUCUAGCCAGUAUUUGCGCCUCUUAAUUAAGGGGCAGGAUCAAGACUGCUUUCAGUUGCAGAGCACAUUUGGGCAUGAGGAGCGAUUGAUCAAAAAUAGAGAGGUUACUAUUCGUCCAAAAGAGGAUGCCAGUAUUCACUUGAUGUUUUCUCCUACACGUGUUAGCUGCAUGUUGGCAAAACUUGAAAUCAAGCAGUCUGGAAUCAAAUCAUCACAGCCAGGCAUAAAAUUUACUAUCCCUCUAUCUGGCUAUGGCGGAACAAGUAACAUAAUUCUAGAAGAUGUAAAAAAGCUGGCUGAUAGCUACACAGUAACAGUUAAUGGAUUUUCGUCUGGUAUCACCAGUAAAGUUAGUUUUCUUAUACGAAAUACUGGAUCCCGAGCAGCUUAUGUUAAAGCAGUAUGUUUUGCAGAUAUAUACAACAAUGUAAAAAAUGAUUCAAACAUGCUUAGUGUUUCUCCAGAGAAGUUUGUGUUGAAGGAACGCUCACAAGAGAUGAUUACAUUGUUCUGCAAGCCCAGAAAGAGAGAAAUUGCAUUGCAAAACAGCUCUUCAUUAAUAUGUACAGUGUGUUUUUUCUGCGGGGAUGAAAUCGCUAGACAACAAUUUCGCAGGGCAUUGCUACAUAAGCCAGAGUCAGCCAACCGAAUUAUUGCAGAAAAUGCCAUAUUAAAAAAUACAAGAUUUGACGAGGAGUUUUCUGGUGAACAAACAGUGUCUGAAGUUUAUGAUCUACCUCAAAGGCCAAAUGAUAUUCAGCUCUUCCUGGGAAAUAUGCAAAAAAUAGUGCUUUCAGUUACUGGAAAUGAUAGUAAUGUAAACAUUAUUGAGGAAUACAAGUCAUCUCGGCAAACGAACAGUGCUGUGGAAAAUACAGAAUGUAAUGUUGAGAAUACCUCAUUAGAUGUUCUUCUGUGAAAGGCCCUCAAGGACCACAUUUAAGUGCUAGUGAACCUACAUGGGACUGUGUCAACUCUCAGCAAGCCUGGAGUGUUCAACCUGAGCAUCUU